CUUGGGGGCUCCUGGCUGAAGUCAGUCAAUCAAAGAGCCUCCUUGACACUGCACCUCCGCAAUCAGUUACGACCAUAUGUGCCCUGUGAAAUCAUCACGAAGCCCCUGCACAAGUCCAUCAGGAGCGGCCGAACAUCACUUUGUCCACGCUGUCUCUUCCAUUUACGACGUUUCUCCAUGUCUCUUUGAGGCCUCUGGACACAUACUCUCUCUUUGACAACCUCCCGAUGCUCUGGUCAAUGGAUCUUGGGCAAUCAUGGCUGACCAUGCAUUCUCUACGCAGCUUCCCAGCAUGGUCCGAAAGCCUAAGGCUGUAUGGCCUGGACUGGUCAAAAUGGGCAUGUAUCAGAAGCAGAUAGCUGGAGAUGGCAAUUGUCUGUUUGCAUCUCUCUCUGACCAACUCUACGGCACACCGGCGAAACACCCCGAGAUACGUGCGAGCAUUAUCGACCACAUGCGAACCUGCCGACCAGUCUUCGAGCAUUAUGUCCACAAGGAUGAUGUGCAACAACGCCGAACCCUCCGUUCUGCUGCAAAUGCCGUCCGUCAAGAGCCAGAAGACGCGUUUGAAGCGUACCUUUCCCUCAUGUCGCGACCUGGAACCUACGGUGGAGAACCUGAGUUGGUCGCCUUCUGUCAGGUCUUUGACCAGGACGUGACGGUCCACCUUCCACGCAUUCAGAACUUCAACAGAGAUUCGAUCUCCUACACAAAUGAACACCGAUACAAUACUUCUAUUGCAGCACCCCUGCACAUCUGUUACGGCGGAGACGAGGUCACGCGAGCACACUAUGACUCAGCCCGAAGCCGAGACGGUUCAACUCCUCGAAGCCGCAAUAGCCCUCUCCUCAGACCUCAAGAUGCUCCUCGAAACUCCAUCAGCGGCACUCUAUCUUCCUCCCCAGUGUCGAGCCUUACUUCAAGAGCCAUUCGCAACAGCAGAGCAGAAUUAUCCUCCGAGCUCAUCCAAGACUUUCUCCAGAAGAGCAAGAAAGAGACAGAAAUCAACCUAGACCAGCUCAAUGACAAGUAUCGCGCUAGAAGCCCGUCGGUAACUUCAUCACAACGCAGCUCGAGCUCAAAGAGAUCCCUAGACGAUGAUGGAGAACCAAUUCGAUCAAACAAACGUGCCGACAGACGCAAGAGCGCUCGAAAGCGUGGAGACAUUGCAGUUACCAUUCCAGACCCAGACGGUGAACUUUCGCCACGUCUCCUCGUCGAAUCCCCUGGACCAGACACACCUCUGAGCACUCAAGACACCGAUGUUUCGUCUGAUGCCCCCCUUCAAGAGCGCCCAACUACUACAGUCAAAGCCAUGCCGGUAGUCCUUGACGAUGACCACUCGAACUACAAGCAUGUUUCUCGUAGCACGAAGCAAGCAUCGCAGCAACAAGCUCGUCCGUCCGUUCACGUCCUCAAACAUAGACCACAACCAUCUGAGUCCUCCAGCCCACGAAUGAUUUCGGUUGCAGAGAGACCAAAAUCGACAUUGCGAGCAUAAUCACAGCACACGGUCGAAGGAGUUUGGUGGUCAAACACGCGUGGGACAUUUGGUGUCUGUUUUGCCUUGGUGAGGUGUUCUGUGAAGCGAUCCGGAUUUGCAUAUGAAUGAUACCCCCCUUUCCAGCAUAGCGUUGCGGCGAGUAUGGCAUAAGGGUACUGCGUAAAGAGAAUCGAGUUCAAGGGGAAAAAAAGAACUCGCCUAGAAGGGCAGUCGAUCUUGGGUUGCCUGGCGCCUUUUUUUUUUAAACACGAAAUGAUUUAUGAAGUCGACGGUCACAUCAUAGAGAAGAUCAAUAUCUGAUCGACCCCCAGCAGCAGCACAGGGAAGCUGACUUGUUGGAUCUUGCGUUCUUUUCUUUGUCCCUCUCAGCAGUGGUCUGGGAGAGACUACUA